ACAGUUGCUUCUUCACCGUCAUCGACUGACGGAUUUCUGGAUCCAGCCGAGACACCUCAGUCGAGCCCUGUUAUUUUUCGUCAUUUGCGAUGAAAGAGGAAAGGGACCGACUGGCACGCAAUCCCAUGUCCCAAAAUAUGGUUGCUCCGAAAGAAACCGGGAUAAGGUGGGUCACAUUUAUCAGGACAAUGGACAACGGAAGGCACGACGAGGAGGGGUUGGCGGUGAGGUGGCGCUCUCUGCCUGCCUGCCUGCUGAAGAGGAAUGAGAUGGAAGGAACGGCCCCGGCAGAAAGCCCCGUGUCCACAUGUUGUUAGAUUCCAGAGGGAAAGAGAUAGAUAGCCUAUUUUGUUAUCGGUGGGGUGAGUGAGAUCAGGGCGAUUUGAUUUGCAAUCGGGCCCAUCACACACGGGUGGCAACCUUGUAGGGAUAUCGCCGAGAGUGUCGAUUGCCAUUGUGUUCUUUGCUGGCUUGGGGCUCUCCUGGGGGCCCGUUUGCUGGGUGUGUUCACCCUUCCAUCUAUCUGAUUCCUUCCAGUCUCAGUUGCACCAGACACAACCUCAAUCUCAAUCACGAAGUUUCUGUUCCACUCCCAGUGUCUUGAUUUUGGUCCGACACCGCAUUCUCUUAAAGCAACGCCCGCCCAAAGUCGCUGGAAAGCCAUCUGCAAGCGGGCUCUAUUUCGGCAUUUGUCCUCCCUCACCUCCUGCGUCCUUGUUGACGACUGACCACCCCCCCUCGCGUCUCCACUUCGCCAAGAUGGUCGAUAGGAUAGAGGACGAAGAAAUUCGAGAUGAUGUCGGAGAGAGGACCUCUCUGUUGCGCCAGCCUACCCUGAACCUUUCUCCAGAAACGCUGAAUGCCGCUGCAAACGAGGAACAGGAUGGUUUGGCUGCUUCAGAUGGGGACCUCUCUCCGACUUCCACAGUAGGAUCACAGCAGAGCUGGGACAACGGGCAAUGGAAGAAGAAUUUGGUGCUUCUGCUUGGCGUCUUUCUCGUCAAUUCCGAUAGUGCCAUCUUGAUGGCCAUGUUUCGAGACAUUGCAUCCGAAUUUGAACAACUAAGUUCGGCGAGUUGGAUCAUCAACGCAUACAUCAUUGGCAUCAUUGCUGCGCAGCCUUUGUACGGAAAGCUGAGUGAUAUCUAUGGACGGAAACCACUUCUCUUGUUUGCAUACAUCUGCUACUGCGUAGGUGCAACGAUAGCAGGCGCUGGCUUCUCGUUUUGGGGUCUAUUGCUGGGAAGGUCUCUUUGCGGAAUUGGCAAUGCCGGCAUUACAGUGCUCAUCUCAACCCUCAUCGUUGACCUGGUGCCCAUGCGCGAGGUUGCGGUUUGGCGAGGCUACGUUUAUGCCAUCAACCAGAUCGGCAGAGCUUUGGGUCCUUCCCUUGGCGGCAUCAUCUCUGAUAGCACAAACUGGCGAUGGGCUCUUCUGUACCACGUACCUCUCAACCUCACAGGGCUCAUCUUUAUUUGGGCAAAGAUGUCGUUCCCCAAGCCAACUGCUCCAGACACAAAGGCAGUUGGGCGGAAUCCGACAACCACCAAGGAGACUGCCUACGCCAAGUUCAAACGGAUUGAUCUCUCAGGAUCAACCAGUUUGGCCAUCGCCAAUGUGUCUUUGCUCCUAUUUCUUGACCAAAUCGAAAAGGGCCCUGAAAACCUGGUCCACAACGCCAUGGCCAUGGUGCCAAUGUCGACUUGGUUGGGAUUCUUGGUAGUCUUUCUCUUGGUGGAAGCCUUUUGGUCAAGAGAACCAAUCUUCCCUCUGAGGCUGCUGCGGAAGCGGAAUGUUGUAUCAGCCUACGCGAUCCAGUUCGUUUUUACAGCUGCUCAAGUAGCGCUUUACACAUCCAUCCCGCUCUACUUCCGCGUGACAAUGAGCGACACCAACACCACGUCCUCCCUCCGACUGCUUGUCGUGACAUUGGGCACCGUUGCUGGAAGUCUCAUCAGCGGCUAUGUCAUUAAACGGACCGGACUGUACCGUCUCAUCACCAACAUUGCGGCUAUCCUGUCUAACCUCAGCUUUCUGGCCAUCUUUUUGAGAUGGCGGGGGGUGACACACUGGGGGGAGACUUUCUAUGGGUUCCCCAUUGGUGUUAGCUUUGGUGUCUCCCUGUCGGCAGCGUUCAUUGCGCUCACAUCAGGGCUUGAGUCAAGCCAGGUAGCGGUGGCUACUUCCGGGUUCUACCUCAGCAUGAACAUCGGGAGCCUGCUGGGUGUCAGCACUGCUUCCCUUCUCAUUGCCUCUUUUGUGGAAAGCACCCUGAGAGACAAGUUGCCUGACCUGCCAGACAAGGAGCAGAUCAUCAGAGAUGUGCUCUCCAACUUUGACGCCAUUGAUGGGUUGCCAGAGAAGAUUGCGGAUAUUGUGCUCAAGGCCUAUGAGAGGAGCUUUGUUAAUGUUUGGUUAUUCUGCGUGGUGUUUGGUGUCAUGGGGCUGAUCGCCAGCUUUGUGAUGAGGGAGGGGCAGCUUCAUCAGUCGCCGGGUGCGUCCAAACCCAAGAGACCAGAACGGAGUCGAAGUCAUCAAGGCUAUGGUGCUGUCUCGGAGUCGGAUAGUGAGGGCGAUAACGCGUGAUGGAUCAUUUCUGCAAAGUUGAUGUAUUGUAAGACAAGUUGGAUCUGGUGGUUUACUGAGGAGUUUGGACAUGGAAAAGAGGGUUUGGGUUGGGGAUAAUGGUAAUGUCAGGAUUAGCUGCGUUGGUAUGGAUGGGAUCUGGUCGAAUCUCCCUUUGACCUGAAGGUAGUCCUGUUUUCUUGACACAUCAAUUUUGCUUGAUCUGAGAGCUCACAUUGCUUAUUGAAGCUGCUAAUGCACCAUGGUUCAAGGGUCCAACUUUGCUGCUGUGGGAGGUCGGACGGGAGAGAGUGCGUUAUUCGACCACCGCAGGAAUGGGUUUCAAAGAUCUGGGAGACAUCGCACAGCAUUCCAGGGACGGUAUAGGAAGGGGGGUUCCUGGAAGGCGGUCAAGGUGAAACAUUUGGUCGUCAUUCAGAACAGUGAUCCA